AUGUCCUCUUUCCUGCCUGCCGAAGAGGGCCUGCUGCCCCCCUGGCUGCUGUUUGUCUCAGUGAUUUCCACCCUCAACUCGGUCCAAUCCUACAUCUCAGCCACCUACCACCAAGCCCUCUACGUCGGUUCGCCCGCAACAAAAAACGAAACUCCGUCUUCCCCGCUGGCCUCACGCACAUUCGGUACAUGGACGCUGCUCUCGUCCGUGGUGCGUCUCUACGCGGCAUACAACAUCACCAAUCCCGUUGCAUAUGACCUUGCGCUGUGGACGUAUAGCAUUGCGUUGGCGCAUUUUGUGUCGGAAUGGGCUGUGUACGGGAGCGCUCAGCUCAAGGGCCGCUUUGUGAUGCCCAUGCUGUUCGCCAGCAGUGCUGUGGCGUGGAUGUGGACGCAGAGGUCGUGGUAUUUGGCAUGA